AAUUUUUAUUAUUAUUAUUAUAAAGUCAUACAGUGUUAUGGCAUAAAAAUGUAUAGAAUAUGAGUGUGAUUGAUUUUUUAAUGGAUUUUAUUGGUGCACUUUAAUUUAGUAAUCUUAACGUAUAGUGAGGGCUAUGAUAAUUGAUGUGUCGUGAAUUGACCAACAGCUGUUUCCCGCCAAUUAUUACUCAUUGUACUAGAAUUGUUACGUCUGGUUUGUUGUAAAGACUAAUAGUAAACAAUAGAUCUAGAUUUACAUUUUUAGAUCUAGAUCUACAACUAGAAAACAGCUUAUCUGAAUCAAACAUUCACCGUUUCUCUAAUAAUGUCUUUGGAAGUUCGAAGUAGUGAUAGAAGACGCUACAUUAAUGAAUUACAAGCUAGGGAAAAGGAAAUCGCUGCUGGACUACUUAAGGCUUCACAGUCAUCACCCAAAGCCGUGCAAGAUAAUGAGAAAAGAAUGCGUCGGGAAAUAGCCAAUAGUAAUGAAAGACGCAGAAUGCAAUGCAUUAAUGCUGGUUUCUCUAGUCUUAGGACUCUAAUGCCCCAGCUGGAAGGAGAAAAACUGAGCAAGGCUGCCAUUCUACAACAUACUAUAGAAUAUAUUACAAGUCUUGAACAAGACAAAAUUAAACUACAGGCACAACUGGAUCACACUAGGCGUCUCUUGACAGAACUAGGUCAAGAUCGAGUAAUGGCUGAACCUUACAUGACCAGUACUCCUCCUCCAACUAAACGUAAAAAAAGAGAUACAGAGUCAUCUGAUGAAGGUGUUGGAAUGAUGUCUGAUGGGUCCGAUGAAGGAGGCUCUGAGCUUCAUCAUGAAAAUGUAUCUCUUCGACAUCAACUUGAGACACAGAAGCAGCAGUGUGCUACUCUUACAGAACGUAAUCGUUUGUUGGAAGCUCAAGUGUUGUCUCUAUUGAAUAUUCAGGCAACUCAUCCCUCAACUAAUGAGCUACACUCAGUUAAUUUUGACUCUCAUCAGUUCCAGAAUGCUGGCUUAUACAGUCGUGAACUGUCUGUAAUAGCAUCAAGAGAAAGUUUUGUAUCUUCUCCUGUGGACAUGUAUCAGCCUCCAAGGCCCAUGUCUCCUACACCAGAGCAAGAGAUGUCUGUGGACCCAUCUUUUAAAGUUGAAAAUACUUCCUCUGGCUAUUUCACAGUUUCAUCCCCCCAGUGCAUUGUAUCUCAGAAAGAUGAACCUGUUUCCUAUGUUCUAAAAGUGGAGGCAGCUCAUUUGGAGGAAAGCAGUAAUAGCAUACCUGUCUCAUCCUCCUUGCCUUCAGCUAGAGUUACUACACUUACAUCUAGUAGUACUCAGCAACAGCACAACUCUCAUCAUAAUUACUGUCAUCGUGACCACCCAAGGCGUCGCCUCCGUCAGCUGGCACAACUUGAUCAACAAAAAUCUGAGAAUUUCAUACAAUUGCAAGAGCAAGAAAGUUUGACUGUUCCAAAUUAUCGACCAAAGCACAAUACACAGAAUCUAGAGAACCUUGUGGAAGCUAUAAGACAAAUUGAAGGGGAUCGUAUACUAUGUGAUGAUAAAAAAUUUAAUGAUUCUGACAAGCAAAAACACAAAAAAACUAGAACACUGUCUGACUCAGAAGAAUGUGUAAGUACUAUUGACCAAGAAGAGCCAAAAUGUACAAAUUCCAAUCAUGACACACCAUCUUAUGAACCUGACAUACAAGCUGAUUCUUUACUUUAUCAACAACAGAUAUCAACUUUGUCAACAGCAAGUAGUUUUCCAACAAGCAGUAUAAAAUAUAGUAAUGCUAGCAGUGCAUCAGAAAAAUACCCAAUUGCAACUCAACUUCUGCAUCGUCCUAUUCAUCAGUCCUACUAUAGAUCUGGUGUUAUAGUCCAGAAGCCUUAAUAAAUUUCUACACAUUGUAUGACAUGAUGCAAAUGUCUAUAAUAUACCUGUAAUCCUCUGGAAAGUGGAGGGUACAUUAUGUACAAUCAUAGGUGACAGUAUAGUAAAUGGAUAUAAAUAAAAGUUAUCUUAAGAAACCUUGAAAUCCUAUGGAGACAUAGGUCCAUCUGUUUCUUGGCCAACAGUUAAUUUGGGUGUUGUUAACAGAGCCUUGCUCUGAAGCCAUGACUCAGCUAAGAUUUCUGGGCCAAAUCAUAAUUUCUGAAUUUAUCUACUGGACUUAUUUGUCCACCCUUCAUUUAUUAAAAGUAAACAAAAAUAUAUUAAUUGAAAAACAAUAGACCCUGUCUAUCAUUCAUGUUUAUCUUUUAAAACCCUAAUUAUAGAUAUAUUAGAAUGAGAUUGACCUAUAGUUAGUACUUCAGAAUUCAAAUUUGUAGCCUAGGUGUUUGAUCCAGAGUAAUUUUAAGUAGACAAUAUCUAGGCUUUAAAGAUUCUAAACUGAAUUCCUUGCACAAAAUAGAUGAAAUGAUAGAAGAAUGUCAGUAUAGAAUUGUUGAUUGUAUUUGGCUGCUUACAUAAUUCUAAAAUGUUUGGGGGAGGUGUGGUUCUAAAGUGUUAUUUAAAAAUGUUAAUAAUAGUGGACAUUGCUUUAAAAAAAAAGACAAAGAUCUAUUUAGAUUGAAGAAAGGGCAUGCAUAUCUAAGUAAAUGAAACUAGUAAGACAUUGUUAUGAUAUUAAGUCUAGCUUUAAAAGCAGAUUACAUUUUUUAAAUUGCUAAUUACUUUGUAGGUUUUAAUUGGGGGGGGGGGUUAAUUCAUAUAGAUUAAAACUUUGACUAUGAAUAUCAGUACUUUUAAGGUACUUUUAUUGAAUUGACCAGUAGUUAACAUACAUUUUAUUUUAAUGUUUUUAAAACUAGAAGUGUUGACCAAUAGUACAAGGGCUGUAACUCAGUUGGCAAUGGUCACCUUCCAAUGUUGUUUCUUUUUAAAUUAAUUCUAUUGCUCACACUUUAAGGUCCAAUAGUACUGUUACUACUUAUUUAUUGGGAUUACAGAAAGGGAAAAAGCAAUGCAUUUCUUUGGUUGUCCCUCAUUAACCAUAAAGCUGAAACUCCAGUACCUAUGAACUCAAAGAAUUUCAUCUCUUAUCAUUAGUCUAGAACAGCUUCAAAUUAUAUGUUUUUUUAGCAGGUGAAUCAGCUGUAGGAAAUAUUUAAAAAACUUAUUUCAAAGCAUGUCAUAUUUUAUAUUAGUGCUAAAUCCAAUUCUUCUGCUGUACCAGGAAACAGUAUCAUCAGUCCCCUUCAUUUAGUUGUUCUCUUUUUCAAAAUUGUCUUUUGUUGUUGUUUUGUUUACCAUUCAGUUGCAGACUAUCAGUCCCACAUUUCUCCAUGCUGCCUUCUGUAGUUCAAUUGUCUGCAAAGGUUCCUUCUGAAUGGCAACCUGAGCCAAGAAUCAAAGAGCAGACUACUCUAAUGGGUAAUUUAGACAAAUAUUUGAGUCAUCAUUGUAACAAUCUCAUUUAUUUCAUGAACUCAAUACUACAUUGGUUUUAUUGCCUCUUACUGUUCAACUUAGAUUUAUAGUUUUUAUACCAGUACUUGAAAUCUAGAGAGGAAGUGCAACUAUUCAAAUCUAGAGAGGAGUGCUCAUUAGGAAAUAAGAGUCAAUACAACUAUUCAAAGAACUACAAAUCUGGUUUACAGCUUAGAGCAAAUUAAUGUCACCAAGAAUGCCCUUUUAUAUAUAUAUAUAUAUAUGAUUCUUAGUUUUAAAUCAUUUGACCUAAUGAACAUAAAACACAUAAGUUUCUAAGGCUGUUGUGUUUUAUGUACACACUACAUUUGUUUGUUUUUUGUGUGUGCUACUGCUAUAUAUUUAAUUUUGUUUACUUUUGAGAACAACUGUGUCACCAUGUUUAAGCUACAUAUUUAAAAACAAUGGCUGCAAAUGCACAAAAGUAACAUUGUGCCCCCAGUUUGUUUUAGUUCUGGUCUAUCCUUCAAUUCAGUUGAAAAGUAUGCAUCUCUAGUGUUUGUUUUUUCAAUGAGUUUGAAAUGAAUGUACACAUAUUGAGAUGGUUGCUAGGAAUGUUUCAUGUGUAAUUAGAAUUAUUUAUUUUGUAUAUAUGUGUAUACAUUUUUUUGGUUAAAAAUAAAGUUAAUAAGUAA